AUGCCGCGCAUCGCUAUUGAUUGGGAUCCAGUUGAUAUGAUGGGGAAUCCUACGAAAUCAAAGGAUGUGAAUGACUUAUUGAAAACCAUUGAGAGGGCUGAGCUUAGGGCUGAGGGCAAGGAUGACGCUGCUAAACGUCCUAUAGAGUACGAUGAAUUUCGUCAAAUUCUUGCUAUCAAUUUAGAGAAAAGGAAUUAUCAUAAUGGUGGUCUGCAUGCUCUUUGGACUUUGACAUUUCCGCUUAUAUGUCGAGUGGAUGAUGUGACAAAUAUAAAAUUUGAGGAUUUGACGCUCAAUGACGACAAUCCGGAGCAGCUUAUUGUGACUUUAGUUCGCAAACGCAUGCUAGAGAGAACUAACACGCAUCAGUUGGAUUUGGGAUAUAUGUGCACUCUGAAUGGUACUGUGGGUUGGGAUGACAAGUUGAAACCAGAUGUGGCUAGGAGAGCGAUUGCUAAAAUUGUACGGCUAGACAAUUUUGUGGCUAAAGGCGAAGUCGACGAAAUCGGCACGCAUAGUCUCAGAAAGUGCUCGUGCACAUAUGCUCAGAGACGUGGACGCUUAAAAAAUUGA